UGUGCCAAAUACACACGUGGCUGCUUGUGUGCCUUUCUUUUCUUUCUUUGGUCUAUAACUAUAUCUUCUCUCAGUGUUUAAUACUCUAUCAUCAAGACAUUUCAAACCAGCUCAAUUCAACUGUGAUCAGAUCUUCAAGAAAAUCACCAAGAAAUGAUUGGAUGAUAUUCGCAUAUAUAUAUAUAUAUACACACACACAAGAAUAUGAUGAAAGAGAGCAGCAGCAAGGCCGGGAGCGACUUCACCUCGACAACAUCAGCGUGGUCAAGGCUGAAGGAUCCUCGGAUAGUCCGAGUGUCGAGGGCCGUGGGGGGCAAGGACAGGCACAGCAAGGUGUGCACGGUCCGGGGCUUGAGGGACCGACGUGUGAGGCUCUCGGUCCCUACGGCCAUCCAGCUCUACGAUCUCCAAGAGAGACUAGGCCUCAACCAGCCCAGCAGAGUCGUCGAUUGGCUCCUCAAUGUCGCGAAAAACGACAUCGAUGGCUUGCCUCCCGUCCAGAUCCCUCAAGCCAUCUGCUUCGGAGAAAAACUUCCACUUUCAAAUGAACAAGGCCAUGAAUUCAACCCCCAAAAUCCCUCCUCAUUUGCAACUCUAAUGAGUUCCAAUUUGAGCCUUUCCCAAACCCCAAUCAGCCUCGGCUUGGCUGCUCAUCAACACCAAGAUUUGGCGUAUCAGACCGGGCCCUACUACCCGAGCUUCCAUAGCUCGGAGUUUUCAAAUUCUUCACAAGUCAGGCCAUCGGAUUUCAACAUGAAUGCGGAUCUUCUGCCUUCGCAAAACAAGCGUUUAGUGUGAUUUCAUGGCUUUGAGCUUAAUUAUCAAGAAGAUUUUUGUGGCUGCAGUUAAUAAUUAUAAGGUCAUACUACUCUAUAUGUUUUUUCUUGAGAAUUUUGAUUUAUUUGUAUGCAAACCUAUAUAGGCCUGAAAUAUGAAUCGCCUCUCACUUUUCGAUGACAAAA